AUUUUAAGGAAACCAAAAAUGAUAAAUGGUUGUUUCCAAAAGAUGCAAUACUAGAAGCAUUGUUAAUGUCAGAACUUUACGAUGACUUACGAGAAUAUUCAUUAUUAACUGUUAAGGUGCUUGCUUCAUUUUAUCUUCCUCAAAACGAAGAAACAUUAAGUUCUAAACAGCAACAUCAGUCUGUCACAAUGCGCAUGAUUAAUAUAACGCAACCGAUGUUAGACGUGUUAAAAAAGACAACGAAUGAUGUAACUACUGUCUUCAAAUCAAUGGCUGCAAAGGUAAACAAGCAACCUAAUCGUGUUUACUUACAAUACUGCUUGCUUUGCGAUUAUCCAGAAGAUUUAUUAGAGGUAAAUUUAUUAUUUUUUGUUGAUAUAUAUUGUUAA